UCAAAACCCAGCCAUGAGCUAUGAUGACAACUAUUUGGCGUUUGAGGAAAUGUAUGAAGCCAAUAGCUCAACUGAUCCCAGCUAUGUGGUUAGUGAAAUUGUCAAGCUCUGUUCAAAGCAGGCUCUCAACCAGUUUGGUGCAAGACUCAUCCCAGUUUUCUACUACACCAUCUUCCUCCUGAGUUACCUUGGCAACGGGCUUGUUCUCUUUAUCAUCUACAAGUUUGAGAAGCUCAGCACAGUGACAAACAUCUUCCUUCUGAAUUUGGUCCUCUCCAACCUUCUAUUUGCCUCCAGUCUCCCCUUUUGGGCGACAUACCAUCUGUCUGAGUGGAUCUUUGGUGUGGCUCUGUGUAAGAUGGUAAGCAGUGCGUACUUCAUCGGCUUUUACAGCUCAAUCCUAUUCCUCACACUCAUGACAUUUGACCGAUACCUUGCAGUGGUGCAUGCAGUGGGCGCCAAGAGCAGGAAGAAGGCAUAUGCCAUUACUGCGUCAGUGGCAGUUUGGUGCAUCAGUAUUGUAGCUAGUGUGAAAGAGCUGGUUUUCCAAGAUGUGGGAAAGAGUCUAUUCAAUGGGCUGACAUGUGAUGAGUCGGGAUACUCCGAGAGCACCAUGGAGCGCUGGCGGCUGGUCACUUACUAUCAACAAUUCUUGCUCUUCUUCCUCCUCCCUCUCACCAUGGUGAUGUACUGCUAUAUUAGCAUCACUAUCCGCAUUUUGUCUACCCGCAUGAAGGAGAAAUGUCGCGCCAUCAAAGUCAUAUUUGUCAUUAUCUUCACCUUCUUCGCCUGCUGGACACCCUACAACAUCGUCAUCCUCCUUCGAGCUCUUCAGGUCACCAGCAAGGAGGAAGACUUAUGUUCUGACUUGGAAAGCUUGGACUAUGCACUGUAUGUGACCCGGAACAUAGCCUAUCUGUAUUGUUGCAUUAGUCCUGUGUUUUACACAUUUGUGGGAAAGAAGUUCCAGAGCCACUUCAGAAGACUGAUGGCUAAAAAGAUUCCCUGUCUGAAGAGACACAUGAGCACCAGCAGCCAGAGCACCAGGAGCACCUCUCAGAGGACACACUCUGCCUACGAGUACUAGACACACACACAUGCUCAUACACACACACACACACACACACACACACACACACACAC